AUGAAGAGUGAGCAUGAAUCAGCCUCGUCCCUCUGCCAGAAGCGAAACAUCAAGUGCUUGUUAUAUAUAGUCGCCGGAGUGAUACUACAAACGGCAAGCACAUUGGUUUUUGUUCUCACUUUCAUGCGCAUUCGAAACCCUAAAGGCCGGUUUGGCUCUGUUGCCGUUGAAAAUCUCAUUGUUAACUCUUCCACCUCCUCUCCUUCCUUCUUCAUGAAACUUAAUGCUCAAGUUACAGUCAAGAACACCAAUUUUGGCCAAUUUAAAUUUGAGAACAGCAACGCUACAAUAUCCUACAGAGGCAGUCAUGUUGGCGAUUUUGUUAUCACUAAAGCGUGUGCAAGUGCUAGAUCAACGAAGAAAAUGAACGUUACUGUGACUGUGAAUUCUUCGGCUGACACAUCGAAUGAUUUAAACUUGAGUAGUGAUAUUAGCUUGGGGAAGUUGACACUGACUAGCCAUGCGACGGUGAGCGGUAAGAUACAUCUCUUCAUGGUCAUUAAGAAGAAGAAAUCAGUGAAAAUGAAUUGCACCAUGGAUGUUGAUACCAUGACCAAAGCGAUUGAGAAUUUGUAUUGCAAGUGA